GCGAAAAUCUAUGCAGUUGCUUUACGUUCAGUUCCUGGACGUCUUCACUUUUGGGCCGUUCGCUACUGCAUUUGGCUUCAAUUGUUAUCCUUUCCUCUUCAUCUCUCAGUUUUUGUUCAUGGGAUGCUAAAACCUCUUCAACAUCAUCAACUUCCAUAAACCCUUAGCCAAACUCUCUAUAUCCUUACUCCAUUCACCACGGUCGAAAUGCUUUAUUAUGUCUAUAUUUACGCUGCAUAACACCCUUACGCGCUCUUUUAGGCUUUUCCAAUACCAUAGAACUCACCUUGCUAACGGAUGCACAAAAUAAAUUGAGAUAAAGCACAGAUGCUCACAGGCACAUAUUUAAGCAAUGCCGGCCAGAAUGCAGUUCCGGGGGAGGAACUUAGCUGCUCGGGGCACGUGCUGCCUUUAUUCACACACAGCCCUUUUUCGUGCACUACGUUUUUUGCGCACUACAUUUUUUGCGUGCUGCCUUUUCUCGUAACAGUGAAAACACCUUCUGUUAGCAAAAACAGAUUCGAACAGAAGAGAAGCAUCCCGCUCCCUCUGGAUGAACUGGACCUGGUGGCAUCAAGAUUCAUUGUCACCAAGGAAGACGUUAGAAGAGCCUUCCUGAAGAUAAAUCCAAGCAAGGCGACGGGCCCAGAUGGCGACCUGGGAAGGGUUUUCCGGGCCUGUGCAAGUGAGUUAGCUGGAGUGUUUGCUGACAUCUUCAGCUGCUCCCUGUUUCAGUCUAAGAUCCCCUCAUGUUUUAAGAAGGCAAUGAUAAUCCUGGUGCCGAAGAAAAGCAAGGUGGCAUGCCUGAAUGACUAUCGACCUGUGGCUCUAACAUCAAUUGCUGUGAAGUGCUUCGCCGACCGGUCAACCUCAAUGCUUUGCAAUUCGCCUACUGGAGCAACAGGUGAAUGGCAGAUGCCAUCUCUCUGGUACUACAUUCCUCCUUAGAACACCUGGAGAAUAAAGAUGCAUAUGUAAGGCUCCUUUUCAUUGACUGCAGCUCUGCCUUUAAUAUCAUCAUUCCAAAUGUAACACUUACCCAACAGGCUGGUAUAUGUCUAGGGGAAAAGGAAAUCCAGCCACUCACCAACCCCACCUCCCAUACACACAGGUGCUUUGAGGAUCAAGUUUAUGCUGCGCGCACACACACCAUAUCAAGCUCACAAAUACCGUUAUGGAAUACACUUUAAAGAUUUUACUAAAACUAAACGAGUACUAUGCAAUACAGUAUAUAUGAAGGAAAAGGAAAUAAAGUAAAAGAACUUAUCAAAGUUCAGUCAGUAUAAUGCACAUCAUUGGAGCUCAACCAUCGAACCAUUCGACACCUCAUCACUUUCCUCCGACCUCCACGUUCUCGCACCUGGGACCGCCCCCAGUAGUCGACCGAGCAGUGCAGCGCACGUCCACCUUCUUCGGCAUCUCCUUCCCGCCUCCCCUGAAAAGACUGCAAAAACCCCCAAGCCCCCAGCCUCACAAGACAAAAUAACAUUCCCCAUUGGUUAAAAAAUGAAUACAAUCCCUAUAUGAGCAAGUCCAAAGCUAAACAACUGCGAGAGAAAACACUUAUCAAACAUAAAAGCAUUCCUACUCUAGCAAACCAAAGAAGCCAUUUUGAUUAACAUACACAGUACAUUGUACACAAAUAAACCUAAGCUCCGGAACCUGGGUCUUAGCACUCAGAUCUACAGCUGGAUCUUCAACUUCCUCAUAGACAGGACCCAGGCUGUAAAAAUAGGGGACAAGCUCUCCUCUACAAUCACUCUGAGCACUGGUGUCCCACAAAGCUGUGUACUCAGUUCCCUGCUGUACUCACUGUACGCCCAUGAUUGUGCAGACAAGUUUCCAUUAAACUCAAAUUAUAAGUUUGCUGAUGACCCCACAAUUGUAGGCCGUAUCUUGGGUAAUGAUGAGUCUGAGUACAGAGAGGAAAUUAAGAACCCGGUGGCAUGGUGCGAAGACAAUAACCUAUCCCUCUACGUCAGCAAGAUGAAGGAAUUGGUUGUUGACUUUAGAAGGAGUAGCGGACCGCACGACCCCAUCUACAUGGGUCGUGCGCAGGUGGAACAGGUCAAAAGCUUUAAGCUCCUCGGGAUGAAUAUCACAAAUGACCUGACUUGGUCUAACCCGGGGGUCGGCAACCCGCGGCUCCGGAGCCACAUGUGGCUCUUUUACGUCUAUGCUGCGGCUCCCUGUUGCUUUGGGAAAUAAUUGGUUGUGGCGACCCUUUUCCUGGCACAUCCAAACCGGCUCACAAUUAGAUAGCCUACGGGGGUUUGCGAGCACAGAGCUUUGGAGCCUCUGCGCCAUGGGGGGGGGGGGCAGGUUGAGGGAGGCUUAAAAGUG